UAUAAAAGAAUACUUUUGAAAAAAACUAAUGUUAUUUUCCCAUUAAAUUUUAUCACUGAUACCAUUACAUUCAAAAUGAGUAAAUUCCUUAUUUAUUUAUUUCUUUGCUAUGUAACUCUAGUGAGUUGUGAUACCUCAACCCCUUGCUCUGACAGUAUAUCAUGUGGUGAAAUGCAAAUAUCAGGUUAUUUAGAAAAAUUAGAAGACACACCCUCAAUUCCAGUUAUCGGAGGUCUAGUUACUUUGGAAAAAGAUACAUUACCUGAUGAAGAACAAACUAGGAGUAGUGAAGAUAUUGUAGAAAGAAGUGCAAGGUUCUUAGCUAGUCGAUCAUUGAAAAUUAGAUUGCCCAGAGAGGAAGCCAGAAGUUUAGUUGCAGAUGCAAGAAGAAGCAAAAUCAGGAAACUCAUCCUGCCUCUUUUACUUCUCUUGAAACUGAAAGCAGCAAUAGUGCUUCCAAUUCUCUUGUCCAUCAUAGCGCUGGUUUCAUUCAAGGGAUUCGGAAUCAGUUUAGCUGCAUUGGCCGUCUCUGGAACGACCGCCUUGAAGAAUCUUCUAGAACAUGCUGGAUCAAAAAUCGAGGUAGUUCCCACUCCGAUCGGUCACUGGAGUAGAACAGGAGCUGUAGAGAGUCCUGUUCCGGCUUACCAUUAUGACUACCAACAGUAAAAGUUAUAGUUAGAAGUGUAUUUAUUUUUAAUUAAUUUAUUUUUAUAAAUUC